AUGACUUUCGUCUCUUGUUCUCAACUAAUAUUUAUAUUACUAUUAAUAAUCUAUUGUAUUAUUGAAUCGAAUGCAAAUCGUCAUCGACGUCAAAUAAUUGAUGGUACGAAUCCUAAUGUACGUAUUCCACAACAAAACUUUGGUGGACCGAUAUCAUUAAGUAAUGUUCCAUUAAAUUCAUUAAAUAAUCCGAAUAUAGUCAUAUCUAAUGAACGAAAUAAUCUACAACAAUUCAAUACUAAAAAUAAUCCUCCAAUAAUAGCAUCUCAACCACAAGUAGAACCAGUUCGUAGUCAUGGAUUUUAUAAUAAUCCAUCAUUUCAACCAUCACCAUUUACUGGUGCAAAACCUUUAGGAUGGUUUGGUACAAAUCGUAUUAAUUGGGUAUCAAAUCGAGAUAGUGAAUUAGAUAAAAAUAAGUUAGCUGUACAAAAAAAUCCACCAUCAUCAACUAAUCCUCAAACUAAUAUUAUUCAACCACGAAAAGAUGGUGGACCACUUUUUCUUGAAAAAAUAGCUCAACAAUAUGCAAGUAAAGGUCAAAAAGCAUUCAAUUUUGGUCAAUUUGAAACUCAUCAAGGUCGUGGUUCAGUUUGUUCAAAUCAUGAAAAUUUUGGUGGAUUUGUAUUUGGUAUAUUUUCAUGUCCAUUACCAGCAAAUACAGGUAUGAAUCAACUUGAUCAAUUUUGUUGUGGACCUGCUAAUUAUCAAUAUUGUUGCAAUGCUCAAGAAUUCAGUCAAUCACAACGUGGUGCCUUUAGUGAUAAUAGAUUUAUUGAUAGACAAGGUUUUUCAACACGAACAGAUUUUUCACCAUCAACAAAACAAAUACUUGCAAUUAUUUCACCUAUUGGUAGUUUUAUUGUUUUAGUAGGAAUAUUUACUUUAGUAAUUUUAUAUUAUAAAAAAAUUCGAAAAGAACAAAAUAGAAUUGGAAAACUAGCUGGAGCUAUUCGUUUAGAAGAUAAUUAUUCAAUUGUUCCUCAAGAACCACCAAUGGAAAAAUCUAUAUUUCCUCAAAACGAACAAUUAUAA